UUUGUUCUUUAAAUAGUGAUGUCUUUUCCUGCUAUUAUGGUUGUCAUAAAGUGGAGGAAAAAUCCACUGCAGUCUUUGACUCCAUAGAAAAUAUGGUUCACAAGGGUAGCUGUCGAUAAGACUUUGCCACAGGAACUUGAAUUUGAUUUCCUCUUUUCGUGAGUAGUAGAACUUAGCCUAUGGUUUACUCUGAUCCAACUCUUACAAUUCUCUGUGUAAAGUCACUUAAGUGUAUAGAAUUAUUUUUCAUUUAAACAGCUCUGAAAUGAUAAUUGAUUGAUUUUUAAAAAAAGCUUUUAGAUGAGUUCUCCUUAGCUGCUUAGCGCACAGACAUAGUAUGCGUUGUUGAAUGUGACUUCCAGGGCUGAAACUGAUUUUAAAAACAUGUUACCCUGAUCUUACAGUGUUACUACGUAUUAGUCUUUGAUGCUCUAUUGGGUUUUGUUUUACAGCGUGGUUUACUCAAGACCAUAUGCAGUGUAUUAACUGAACUGCUUGUAAGGGCUAAGAUUUGUCUUCAGAUUGCUCAUUUCAUCUUUCCCAGUGUACGUAAUGGGGAUCAGAGAGGGACAGAUAGAAUUUCCAUAGUGGCAACGGAAAUUCAUCAUAGCACCCUAGUUACUUUGUUAAUCGUGAGGGUUUUUUUUCUUUCUAGUUUUGAAUUCUUUCGGUUUUCAGUAUGGGUAUCACGUGAAAAAAGAGGUGGUCUGUGGCUUAUCUGUGCCUUCAGAGUUAACUACUUGGCAUAUUGAAGGUUGGAAUUUUUUCUUUUGAGCGGUUCUUUGACCUUAUUGAGCGUGGAGAGUGUGGGGGAGGAACCCUUCAAACCCUGGUAACUCAGUGGAAUCACUUAAAGUGGUACUAAUAAAUAAGGCAAUCUACACGUUCCUGAAUUUGAAGAAUUCUUUACGUCGAAAUGGAUAUAGUUACAGCUGAAGGCCAGAGACGUGCUGUAGCAGAUACAGACUUCAUGUCAUGUUGGCCUCCUGUUUAAAAGAAGGAAGGCUGGCAAUUUUAAAGGGACACCGAGAAAGUGAUGACCAAGUGCCAAGUACCAGCUGUCCUUAUUCACCAGAUUGAAGAAGAAUUGGAUAAAGAAGAAGAUGAGAUGAUGAUUUUCCUGUGCCGAGACCUUGCCCCUGACUUGGCUACUGCUGGCCUUAGAGAGCUUUUGGUGGCUUUGAAUGACAGGGAUAAACUAUCUCUUCUUGGUUUGUCUGAGCUGUUGUACAGAGUUAAGAGGUUUGAUUUGCUGAGGAGGAUCUUGAAGACUGAGAAGACAACAGUGGAAGCUAACCUUAGCAGGAAUCCCAGACUUGUCCCUGAUUACAGGGUACUAAUGGUGGAGAUUAAUGAGAAUCUGGAAAAAGAAGAAGUGAGUUCUCUUGUUUUUCUACUCAGAGAUUUUGCUCCUCGAAUAAAAAUGGCAAAAGAUAAGAGUUUUCUACGUCUGGUUAUUGAACUGGAGAAACUGAAUUUGGUGGCUCCAAAUCAGCUGGAUUUGAUAGAAAACUGUUUCCGAAAUAUUCACAGGAUAGACCUGAUUAAGAAGAUUGAGAAGUAUAAGCAAGAAGCUUUCAUGUCCUCCGUUCAUUCUCAGCCUGUGUAUGUAAAUGCCCUUCAGGCAUCUCUCCCUAAUCUCAGUCUGAUUGACCCUCCCUACAAUUCAGGGUUUCAGAAUGUGAACAAAGAAAAAUCACAAAAUGGAGAAAUCUUCUUUCAAGGAGAACCAGUCCACAUGUCUAUUCAAGAAUCGGGACCAGCAUCACAUAAGUUUCCUCAUGUGUACAGAAUGCAAAGUCACCCUUUGGGAGUAUGCCUGAUUAUAGACUGUAUUGGUAAUGACACGGACAUGUUGGAAGAGACUUUCAGAGGCUUGGACUAUGAUGUUCAUUGUCACAAGCACUUAAAUAUGACUACCAUGAAUGAAACAUUGCUUGAAGUUGCAAGGUUACAGAAGCACAGGAGUUGUGACAGCUUCAUAUGCAUAUUGGUCAGCCGUGGAAAUGCUCAGAGCAUCUUCUGUACAGACUCCAUCUCUACUGGAUUCCCUUUGGAGCAAAUAAAGAAAUACUUUAUGGCAGAUUCGUGUCCUGAACUCCGAGGAAAACCAAAGCUUUUCUUUAUUCAGAGCUACAUUGUGCCAGAAGAUGAGCAAGAAUUUUCUAGUCUGGAAAUAGAUGGAAAUGAUAAGAAAAUCAUCUCUAAUGCAAAAAUGCCCUUGAAAGACACUAUUCCCCAGGUAGCAGAUGUCUUUUGGAGUCAGUGCAAGGUGGAUGUGUCUGCACUAGAAAAAUCUCCAGUCCCAUCCUCGUAUUAUUUGCGUUGUCUGGCUGAGCUGCUCCGCAAUCCUCAUAAAAGGAAGCUCUCUAUAUUAGAUAUCCAUACGGAACUGAACAAAAGAGUCUAUGAUUGGAAUCAGACAACUGACCCAAGCCAGCAAUACUCACUUCUGCUCCAGCACACACUGAGGAAAAAACUUUUUCUUUCUCCCAGUUAACUGCUAUUGGAAAGGAUAUGUCUGAAGUAGCUGAGCAGUGCUUCCUCUGACUCGGUUUCAACCACGCUUUUACUUAGACUUUAUUACUGCACAUGUGCCUAUUGCUUCCAAACACAGGUAUUUAGAAGCAUUUUAGGUUGUUUAGGCACUAUAGAUUUUAAUAUGAAAGUCUGAAAGCCUGGAUGGUAACAGCAGCUGUUGUAUAGAACGGCAACAGAUCUUACAAGCAAGUGCAACAGGUAAACAGUGGGGAAAGAAUUCUAAACUGUAUGGUUGUUGGAUUUUCCAGGGUUUUGUGUUUUGGUUUUUUUUUGAUUGGUUGUUUGUAUUUUAGUGAUCUUGAUGUGAAUGCACUGAACUAGGCUUUUCUUUUGCUGCUUAAAAAAAAAGACAGGCCAGCACAAAUCGUUGAAAUCUAGUAUGUAAACCAUUAAAAUUCAAUGAGUACUUUCUCAUCACUUAAAACAUGUCAGGAGAAGAUGCUUACUCAGCAUACCUCCACAGAAUUAAACAAAACAGAAGUAAGAGAGGGAUGGUCUUUUUAAAUAAUUUUGAUUCCAUCUGCCUUGUAUAUUGGAAGUUCUAAUUCACCCAGAACUCGUACUGUCAGUACUAUCCAUAGCACACCAGGAUUGUAUGCUAAUAAAUCAGGCAGUCUGGCAUGUUUUGUGCUGUGUUCACCACUGAUGCAAAAGGGACUACGUGUGGCAGCGCUUUGUAGCAGUCUGUGCAAAUUAUACAUAAAUAGUGGGAUUUUGGCAGGUGUUCCAGGGAUGCUGAAAUGCACUUCACUGUGUGGUACCAGGCAAAGUAUAAGUAUGCUGUUUAGCACAUUUGAACCAAAAUGUAGCAACCACUGCUUCUUAAGACCAAAUAAAAUUAAUCCAACACCUUCCCACACAUACCUCUUUUGAAUAUGAAAAAGGUUUAUCAGUUUACUAACUGGUUUUGUUUUGUUUUAAGUUUCUCUAAUCUGUCAAGAAAAGGCAGUAGUGAAAGUUGUAGCUUUUUUUCGCCUCCAAUACAACAUAUAACUAACAUAGAAAGUUCAGCUGGCCUGCUUGUUAUGUAACAGUAUAAUCUGGAGGACUUAUACUGAAAUUUAAUGAGUUUAUUGCAGUCUCUUCCCUCCUUAUAUAGUCUACUUGCAAACUUUUAAUACUGCUAUAGUUUCCUGAUCAGGAAAAAAUGCUUUUUCAUUCCUCAGUGUUAUGUACUUCUAGAUGUUGGAUUGACAUUGUUUUUGGUAACCCCAAGUUUUAUUUUUUCUUGUAAAACAAUCUUUUUAUAUAUUAACUCAGAUAAAAAGCAAAUGAGUUUUCAAGUAGCUUCUAUAAUUGUAAGUAAAGUCACGUUUAUCUGGUGUAGUAGAUGUCUAACUCCAUUAAGCUCACAGAAGUCCUUCCUUGUUACGUGGUAUAGGUCCAGUUUCUUCCUGGCUUGAGAGGUUCCUAAACUGCUGAUUGAGGAGAAAUCCACUGAACAGGUUUUGCCUUACAGUCUUUCCUUAGCCGUCUAUGUGUGAUGUUAAGAUCACAAUAUCUAUUUAUUUAUAUUAAUAUACAAUUUUAUGUAAUAUAUAUAAAGUACAUUUUAUAUCAUUAACUGAAGUCUUCAGUUAUGCCUUUUUAAUUUUGUAAAUUUUAAAAAUUUGUUUUUGUAUCUUUUUUGUGUUAACUGUAGAAAAUGAAAUACAUAAUUGUGGUGAAGAAUGUUUGCACAAAUUAGAAAAAUAUUUUGCUACAUUACAGACCUAUGUAUAACAUACUUCUAUCUUUUCACUUAAUAAGGUAGUUUCCCUUUAAAAAAAAAAAAGAAAACUUUUUCUAAUAGCUUUGAAUUGAAAAAUGUGACUCCUAAUUAUAUCUUAAAUUAGGGGUAUGUGUAUUGUCAGUGUUACUGUAAUUUUAUGUAGGUCCAGGUAUAGGAAGACAAAGAUAGUAACAACUUGUUCUCAGUAAGCAUUAAUGUAAAAAAUACUAAAAUUGAAUUUCAUUAUGUUGUAGGACUGGAAAUAAAUGCAUUUAUACUUUUGAGUGGGAAGGUCAAUUCUUCCUUUCAGUUUCUACAUUAUAAGAAAGGGCCUGUCAGACUGGCUCUUUUCAUACACUAAUUGCGUAUUGCUUCUGUCUUUAAUGAUAGAUAAUGUCUUUAAAAAUAUGAUCUGAUGUAUUUCACACACAAAAGUAGAAAGCUUCAGAGUUUUGCAUUAACAGAAGGAUCUAUGUUAAUAAAAUAAUCUAUCAUAAAAUAAUAAAAUAAUAAAAAUAAUAAUCUAGGUUAAUAAAAAUAGCCUUCACUUCUAACUCUGAAUAUUUCAUAACUGACUAGCUUAUAAUAAAAUGUAGCACAAGUGUAAUUUUGAACUUCCAUCUUGCUGAUGUUCCUUCCAUAGGGUGAGAGAAGGAUUAUAAAAUGACAAAUUUGGAGUCUUAUUAGUUCCUGUUGCGACUGGUAAGGGAAGCAAAUGGUGUGGCAAAAAGUAUAGACUCUUCUGUGGCUGUGUAAAUCAGGUUUGAUUCGUAAUUGCCUAUAUAAAUAUGUGAUCUUAAUAAAUGCCAUUCCUUCACAAAUUAACUUAA